AUGCCCGUCGGCAGGUUCAGAGUAACCGUCUACAUCACGAUGAGUUCAACAGACUGGCAAAAAUCAUCACCCAGCAACGUUCCUCAGUUCCGUGCCUGCCUUCUCGUGGCUCUGGUCAGCUGCGCCCUUGCAGGCUAUGCCAGUCCCUUGUACGGCUACAGCGCCCCGGUGGCAGCCUACCACGCCGCCCCAGUGUACACCAGAGUCGCGGCCCCAGCCGUCACCGCCGUCCACCACGGAGCAGCCGUGUCCCACGUCUCUAGCGUGAGCAGCUACCGCAGCCAGCACCCCGUGGCCACCCCGGUCGCCCGCUACGCCUCCGUCCACACGGCCCCGGCUGUGGCCACUGUUCAUACUUUCCGUGCCUGUCUCCUCGUGGCUCUUGCCAGCUGCGCUUUUGCCGGCUACGCGAGUCCCUUUUACGGCUACAGAGCCCCAGUGGCAGCCUACCACGCCGCCCCAGUGUACAGCAGAGUCGUGGCCCCAGCCGUCACCGCCGUCCAUCACGGAGCAGCCGUGUCCCACGUCUCUAGCGUGAGCAGCUACCGGAGCCAGCACCCCGUGGCCACCCCGGUCGCCCGCUACGCCUCCGUCCACACGGCCCCGGCAGUGGCCACUGUCCACACCGUCCCGGCGGUUGCCAAGGUCGCCGCCUACGCCGCUCCCGUGCUCUCUGCUGUCCACGCGAUCCCGACCCACAGCUACGGCUACACUGCUGAGACUAAGCACCAGUGGCGUAUGGAUGUCAAUUAUAAAUCAACUAUGUUAUUCUAA